AUGAAUCCGGCGCAUCGAGACGGGUGGCCGCCGACGCAGGCCGCCGUGUCCGCGCAGGCUCAGCAGCAGGCAGAGCAGGGCCAGGCGCAAGGCCAGGCGCCGCGCCCUCUUGGCCCCUAUGGACCGAACAAUUCCAAUCCGCAGGCCCCGCCUCAUGCGUCACCUGCGCAAGGUCCAGGGCCGGUCCUCCCACCACCGCCUGGUGGCGGAUAUUAUUCCUCAAACGCCGCGACCGCCCACAAUCAGAGCCUCCCUACGCUUCCAGGAUUGACCGCGCAACCCCAGCAUUCGUCGCCCCACAUGGCUGCACAGCGCCCAACCUCUUCUGAUGCGGCGGCGCAAGGCCAUCAAGGCCCUCAAGCUCCUCCAUACUCGUUGCCAGGGAUAUCGCAAACGCUGCAGCAGCAACAGCAGCAAUCGCAAGCGCAAGCGCAAUCGCAGCAGCAGCAGCACCAUCCGACUUCGGAGCCAGCAAAUGCCGACCGGGAAAGGGAAAUGCGCGAGCGCGAAACGAGGGAUAGGGAAAUGGAGCCGCACGCUAUGCACCAGCAAGAAGAAAUCGUAAAGCGUGAAGCAGAGCACCGAGACCGGGAGCUUCAUGAGCGCCAGCAGCGCGAGCACGCAGCGCUCCAGAAUCACUCGACGCCGAUGCAGAUCCACCAACCGGUUGCAGUGGCACCGUCGGCGCGAACGAUACACGGUCCAAACGGCCUGCUAGGACAGUCUGGGCAGAUGAACGGACCGAAUUCGCUUGCGCCUCCUAUGGGUGGCGGUCCGAACGCGUCUGGUCCCAUGUACGGCAAUGCGCCUGCGCAACACGAGCAGACGACACCUCGAAUGCAGCACGCGGUGCAAGCGCCGACCCAAGCCCAAAUGCUGAUGCCUUUUGCUGGCCCUCCAGGAUCAAUGGCCAUGGGCCAGGGCCAGCAGCCGAUUCUCAACGACGCAUUGAGUUACCUCGACCAAGUCAAGGUGCAAUUCGCCGACCACCCCGAUGUCUACAACAGAUUUCUUGAUAUUAUGAAGGAUUUCAAGAGUGGUGCGAUUGAUACUCCAGGCGUGAUUGAAAGGGUAUCGACUCUGUUUGCAGGCAACCCAGCCUUGAUCCAAGGAUUCAACACAUUCCUCCCACCCGGCUACAAGAUUGAAUGCGGAACCAAUGGAGACCCCAACGCAAUCAGAGUUACAACACCGAUGGGAACUAUGGUAUCCACCAUGCCUGCGCCAAGGCCACUUUCGCCGCCCCGAAGCAAUGCCGCGAAUGGUAACAAUGGCCCACAGCACGAAGGCACCUACUAUGAAACCGCGCAAGGUCGACCUUGGCCUCAGCAGCAGAGGCCCCAAGGGCCUGAAGGACAGGAACAAAUGUUCUCUCCAAACAAUCGUGCCCUAGGCCAGCCUUUGUAUGGGCCGCAGCAAGGACAACAGGGCCAGGGCCCGCAUUCACCAGAAGCCAAUUCGAGGCCGCACCCUGAUCCGGCUGGCUCAGCUGCCGCACUGGCUCACCAGCAGGAGCAAAGAGGCGUUUCGCAGCUGCAAAACGCUGUUUCCGCUGCUACCAGUCGGUCGCUCAUGUCCCCCAGCGUCGAUUCUGCUGCACCCCAAGGGCAACCCAUGAACGGCUCUGCGCAACUCCCUCAAAUGGGUGGGCCCGCGGCGGAGAAACGAGGACCAGUAGAAUUUAACCAUGCUAUCAGCUACGUAAAUAAGAUCAAGAAUCGCUUUGCAGCUCACCCCGACAUUUACAAGAAUUUCUUGGAGAUUUUGCAGACCUACCAGCGGGAAUCGAAGCCUAUUCAGGACGUCUACGCCCAAGUCACUCAUCUUUUCGGCGGUGCGCCAGAUCUUCUGGAAGACUUCAAGCAGUUCCUUCCCGAGUCUGCCGCUCACCACAGAGCACAACAACAAGCAGCUAAGAACGCUGCUGAAGAUGCGGUCAUGCUCAGCAACGUCAGAGGCGAAUCGGGAUACGGAGCGGCAGCAAACCAGCAGACACCGGGUCGUGCCGAUACUUCGCGACUGCCUCCAAUGGGUAACUUUGCACCCACACCGACAGCAAACCGUGACAACAAGCGGAAGCGUGAGCGACAGGGACCGAUAGCCGCGCCUAUGCCUGCGCCCAUGUCCCAGGAACCGCCAACUUCGAAUGUUCGUGGCGGUUAUAGCCAGGCCAAUGUCAACAAGCGCGCAAAAACCGGUCAUACUACAAAGCAGGCCAUUCCCGAUGGCCCGCCAGUCUCGCCUACCCUGACGCCUGCACUGCCUGAACCAAUGCCACCGACCACGACGACCUCCCCUAGCCAAGAUGAGCUUGCGUUCUUCGAUCGCGUCAAGAAAUUUAUUGGAAACAAGAACACCAUGAACGAGUUCUUGAAGCUUUGCAACCUCUACUCGCAGGAUUUGAUCGACAAGCAGCUGUUGCUCUAUCGCGCGCAGUCCUUUAUUGGCGGCAAUCAGGAACUCUUUGCUUGGUUCAAAAAGUUCAUGGGCGAAGACGAAGAACAGCAAAAGUCGCGUCCCAAGACUGUCAACUCUCGUGUUUCACUGUCCAACUGCCGGAGCCUGGGUCCUAGCUAUCGCCUUCUUCCUAGGCGCGAACGGGAGCGUGUCUGCAGUGGGCGCGAUGAGCUUUGCCGAUCGGUUCUAAAUGACGAGUGGGCCUCUCACCCAACGUGGGCUUCUGAAGAUUCUGGUUUCGUCGCGCAUCGCAAGAAUACAUUCGAAGAAGGCCUCCACAGGAUUGAAGAGGAACGCCACGACUACGACUUCAACAUUGAGGCUUGCAGCCGUACGAUUCAGCAGCUAGAGCCCAUUGCCAACCAGUUACUCACCAUGAAGCCCGAGGACAGGACCGGAUUCAUCUUACCCCCGGGGCUUGGGGGGCAGAGCGAAACAAUCUACAAGCGUGUCAUCAUGAAGAUCUACGGUCGCGAAAGAGGCAAAGACGUGAUUAAGGAACUCUUCCAGAUGCCUUGGAGCGUAGUGCCUGUUCUUCUUCACCGGUUAAAGACGAAGCUGGAAGACUGGAAGGCUGCUCAGCGGGAAUGGGAAAAGGUCUGGCGCGACCAGACUCAGAAAAUCUUCUGGAAGUCGCUUGAUCAUCAGAGCAUCACAGUCAAGCAAGCCGACAAGCGACAAUUCCAGCCCAAGUCGCUCACGAACGAGAUUCAGGUCCGCUACGAGGAGCAGAAGCGUCUCCAACAGAUUCAAGAAAUCUCGCAGCCUGACUAUCAGUUUGCCUUCUCUUUCAGGGAUGAGGAGGUGCUGAUUGACGUGGCUCGCCUGAUGCUCACUUUCGCCGAUAACAACACGGGUGCCGACUUUGCAAAGGUUAUACCUUUUAUCAGAGAGUUUGUCCCUCUCUUCUUCGGUAUUGAUUCGGCCAAGUUUGAACAGCGGGUACACACUUCUGGACGCGACACCCCGAACGAUUCUGGCGAAGACACCCCCUCUCCCGAUGAAGAUGUUUCUCAGCGCUCGUUGAAGUCAAAGAAGGGUGAUCUACGUCGCGAUGUUCUUGAUCCCCGCAGUAAGUCGCGAAAGGACAAGGACGACAGCGUCGCUUCCGCGAGCCGGGAUAGCACACCAGACAAUUCGAUGGAGGAUGAGCCCGCUGGCGACAGCUCCAACUCGAUUGCGCGCGGAGACCGACCGGCAAGCCAUUGGGUAGAAUACGCUGCUACCCCAACAGCUUUUGGCGACAAGGAAUUCGAGCAUGAAGAGCCCUACCGCCGCGUAGAGUACAACAUGUACGCCAACGCCUCAAUCUACUGCUUCUUCCGGAUGUUUGUAAUGCUCUACGAGAGGUUGUUGAAGCUCAAGGAAAGCGAGGACGAAGUGCAAAGGCUCAUCAUGCGUGCCAAGGAGCCCAAGGCCGCGCAGAAGCUCAAGAUGCUCGACAAGCAGCCCGAAGACUUUUUCAAGGACACUUCACCUUCAGCGAACUACUACCACCAACUUCUCGACAUGUUCCAGGACCAGAUUACCGGAGACGUUGAAAUGAACUUCAUUGAGGAGACACUGCGUCGGUACUACCUGCAAAUAGGCUGGCAGCUGUACUCCUUUGACAGGCUUCUCAGCUCACUGGUUCGAUUUGCCCUGGCCAUUGUCAGCCAAGAUAGCAAGGAUAAGAGCCUUGACAUCUACAACCUUUUUAGAAAGGACCGCAUCAAUGACACCACGACGCACAAGAGUGAGAUUGCUUACCGAAAGGCUGUUGAGAAGCUUGCCAAAGACGCCGACACCUACCGCAUCACAUACGACCCGGCAAAGACGGAGGCGUAUGUCAGGUUGUUUAAGAAGGACGAUCCCACCUUUGAAUUCAACACGCUUGACCGAAUCAAGCGCUGGCGGGCGUACGUCGCCUCAUACAUGGCUGUGGAGCCUACUGAGGAGGUUGAUGUCUCUCGUGUGCACUACCCCUACUUGAAGAAGCGUCUGGCAAAGGCCGAAGACCUUUCCGAAGAAGACCGUUUCGAGCAAGUUCAGCAUGACGACAAGAUUACAGUUUCCAUCAGUCCUGCUGCGUACGUCAUGACAUUCAUCAACAGCGAGCCUUUUGGUACCGGUGGUGUCCAGUACUUCCUUCAGCCGGAUGCCGUGCGGGCAGGCGUCAGCGAGGCAGUUCCGAAGCCAAGUGAGGAGUACAAGAAGCUGAACGAUGACCGGAGAGAGAGGGCUCAGGAGAUUCUUGUCAGGAACAACAGCUGGAUGAAGGAUCUCAGCCGUGAAGAGGUGGAUGCUAAGAAGGCGGCAUUUAAGAAGGACAUGGAGGAGCCUAGGAAGGUGACUGACGACGAGGAUGUGGAUAUGGAGGGCGCUGAUGGGUUCGCGUACUAA